AUGGCCUCGUAUGAAACUUCUACUCAUGUCUUCAAGACUGCAGAUGGACUAUCUCUCGAAGUUGACAUCUUGAAACCUUCAACGGCCCAGAAAGAUAGUGUGGUCCUCCUCCAUUUCCACGGCGGAUUCCUAGCAAUCGGCGAAAAAACAACAUUUCCACCCCACUGGCUUAUCAACGCCUGUCAUCACCGGGGAUGGAUAUACGCGACAGCUUCAUAUAGACUCCUCCCAGAAGCGAAGGGUUUAGAUAUUCUCCAAGACACACUUGAUGCAACCAACUGGAUCAACCAGAACAUCAGCAGCAAAAUCAUUCUCGCUGGGUCCAGCGCCGGGGGAUAUCUAGCCCUCGCAACAGCCGCACAUCCAAGCUGCCCUCGGCCCAUCGCCGUCCUCGCCAUCUACGGAAUGCUCGACCCAGCAAGCGAGCGAUAUAUCCAGCCUGGACAGCCUCUGAUGGGACCAGUUGAGAACGAAUCCGAAGCCCUAGGCGAGAUCGAUGCAGCCAUGCAGAGUGGACAAGUGCUAGACGGAUAUGCAUUCCCAGCGAGCCCACCAACCGAUCAGAGAAUCAAGUGGAUUAGGACUUUGCACCAGACUGCACGGUACGCGGAUGUUCUCACGCGGUGUCCGGGGCUAGCGCAGCGUAUUGCUGAAGAAGGCACGAGUGCUAUCCCCGAGGAAUAUCGGUCCUUGUUUCCUGUUAGCUUUGGUUUGACAUCUAGUUUCCCGCCAACUGUUCUUUUGCAUGGAGAUCGUGAUGGCUUGGUGGAAUUUGAUCAGAGUUCCAUGGUGGCUGAGAAAUUGAGGACUCUUGGUGUGGAUCUUUGGUUUGAGAAUGCUGUUGACCAGGAUCAUGGGUUUGAAACGAAAGAGGUUAUAAACUUGGAUGCUGGUGAUUCAGUGGAUGGUGAUGCGGUGAAUGAGUCUCUUCGAAGUGUUAUUUCGGUUCUGGAGAAGCACGUCUCGUCAAUUUAG